AUGACAUCAUUGAAAGAAUGGAUUGAUGCAAAGAUAAACGAUGGUGACAUUACUAAAUUUGAAUAUAGUGAACUUAGUAAUAUUGUAGAAAUAGGCAAAGGAGGAUUCGGCGUUGUGCAUAGAGCGGAUUUGGAUAACAGGGGCAUUCAAGUCGCAUUGAAAAGCUUCUCGAAUAAAAAUAGAAAAAUCGAUAAGGAUGACGUUGCAGAUCUUGUCAAAGAAUUAAAACUUCUUCGUAUCGUUCAUUAUCAUCCAAAUAUCAAUAACUUUAUUGGAAUAACGAAUGGUUCGUGUAAACUGAGAGAAACCCCAAUAGAAAAUACACCUCUAAAGUAUCAAAUACUUUAUCAAAAAUGCUGGAGUGAGGAUCCAACGUUAAGGCCUGACAUUAAUGAAGUUUAUACUAAAUUAAAACAGCUGGAUGCACAAUUCAAUAGCGUUAAAUCAGAUGAUGAUAUCAUCAACGAGGAAAGAGAAUUAUGUAGUGCAUUAAUGGAGAUUCGUAAAUCUUAUAUGAUUUACAAUGAUACCGGUCCCACGAAAUCUCUUGACUUUGAUAGUGUUAUAGAUCAUCAUAGGCCAAGGUCAGAAGCAAUUUUCGAUUAUCUCAUUAACGAUCCAACAAUUGAGCAUUAUGACGUAAUGAUUGGAAUUUUUCAUUACCAUUAUUCUGAGUUUGAAAAACAUGAAAAAUACUAUCAAUGGGUUAAGAAAGCGAGUGAUAAUGGUGAUAUUUAUGGUCAUUAUGAACUUGGACGCUGUUAUUAUCACGGUUAUGGUAUCGAAAGUGAUAAGAAUAAAGCAAUUGAGCUUUUUGAACGUUCUGGAUUAAAUAUAGCUUUAUAUAGUCUUGCAGAUCAUCAUAAUCAAUGUGGCAAUUUACAAGAAGCAUUUGAACUAUAUGUUAGGUCUGCUGAAAAGGGAUACGUAACAUCACAACACAUUGUGGGUGAAUGUUAUUACCAUGGUAAAGGUCCUCAAAAAGACAAAGAAAUUGCCCUUAAAUGGUAUACAAAAUAUCGAGAUGGCGGUGGGAUCAAUGAUGUUGGAACAAGGAUUAAAGAUUUAGUUGAUUUUAUAGAUACGAAAGAUUUAGCAAUAAGUAUUUAUAAUUUUCUAAAAAGAAAUUUAUCCUGA